GGGGAUGAGACCUGAGCUCUGCGGAAAUAUUCGUGUCCACGUCGCAGUUUCCAGGCGCAAUGCUCGACGAAGAACGUCGAAAUCAGAAAGAACAUCACAGUGACGGUACCAUGGCCACAUUGCGCCCAGUGGCGUUGCUCCCUUUCGAGCUCCUGAUCUCCAUCCUCGACCUCGCGUGUGCCCCUCCCGCGUUGCUCGACCCCAACCUAUGGCGCGGCCCGAACUCGGCCUGGUCCCAGAACCUGCGCUUCCAGAAAAGCCUGACGCUCGUCUGCAAGACCUGGAAUCCUGCCGCGAACGAGCUUCUCUACCACCAUGCCGUUAUUCGGCGCGUCGCCCAGCUGCCUCUGCUCGUAAAGACCCUCCGCAGCGACUCGACGUCCGAGCGGCCCCCGAUGGUGAAGAAGCUCAGCGUGCUCUGCUACGCGUCCAAGACGCACCGGUCUGUGCUCGACCUGUCGCUCAAGGCUGUCCUGUCGAUCUGCACGAGCAUCCGACACGUCGUGUUCAACCCGGUCCUGGACACGAGCGUGUCGUCGUUAUUCAACGCCCACCCGGACUGGACGUUCCCCGCGUUCGCCUGCGUCCCCGAGGCCUGCAGCUCCCGGAUCACGCACAUCGAGCUGGGCACGUCCGUCCCGAUCGCGUACGCCGUCCCCGAGCUCGCCCGCUUCUCGAACCUCGCCCACCUCGCCUGCGAAAUCUCCGCAUUUGCCCUCGCACCCGACGGCGGCGAGCCCUACACGUUCCCGCGCCUCGUCUCGCUCGACCUCAUAUGGCUCACCCGCGAGCGGCGCGACAUCGUCGGCACCUUCCGUUCCAUCGCCGUGGGCCUGCGCCUGCCCGCGCUGCGGCGCCUCGCGCUCAGCGCACCGUACUGGGGGCGCGGGAGCGCGGGCGCGUGCUUCGCGGCGUUCCUCGAGACGCACGGCGCGCGCCUGCGCUACCUCGCGGUCGUCGUCGCGACGUACCUGCACGAGUUCGCGUUCAGCGACGUGCAGGCGCUGACGAACGCGUGCCCCGAGCUCGAGCACCUCGUGGUGCCGCAUGUGGAGGAGCUGGAGGGCCUCGUGCACCCCAGGGUGGUGUGGCUCGAUGUGUGGUCGGCCGUGCGCGGGUUCGAGCCGGCGGACGCGGACGGGCUGCUUGCGGAGAAGUACGCGGGCAUGCCGAGGCUGCGCGGGGUGCGUGUGCUCGAUUUUGCGCUGUGUUCGCUGUAUGGGCUGGGUCUGCCGCUGCUCAUCGAGCCCGAGUUGUGCGCAGGGUUCGGGGACGAGGACGAGGCGGAGGUGUCUUGGGAGUACCCUGGUAUGUUAAUCUGUGCGAGGAAGUACUUUGUCUUUCAGCCCGACAUGGACGAGGGGCUCCCGGCGUACGGAAGGAUGAUGCUCGACGACCCGGAGCUCUGGGAGGAUUGGGACGAGGAGCGGCUCGCGGAGAUCUUGGAAGACGACAACGUGUCGGUGUAUACGGACGACAGCGACUUUGAGGACACGGACGACGAGGGCUACUUAUACGAUACGGGGUCGGAGUCGAGCGAGGCGUCGGAGUACGUGCCAUCUGAAAGCGAAGACUCCGAUGUCCAUGAGGACGCGAUGGAGUUGGAAAGCCUGGUGGAUGCUAUGCAGAUCUGAGCCUCCUCUGUGUCCUUACACUGUCCUUCUUCACUACUCAGUCCUUGAUUUGCCUUCACACGCUGGAUACUUUUAAGAGAUUUAAGUCGGAGACAAUGACGCUAGAUAGGGGUUUGCAGACAUGGCGGAGGCAAUAGUUGAUCAAAUCACAACUUGUCUUGUUUCCCC